AUGCGCCGUUAGAAUGUCAUCUCGCCGAACGAUAACUGCGUGGCGCAUAGAAUCCUUGAGUGCCAGGAUUCGGUUGAAUGAGAUCGAAUGGGUGGUCCAGCGGGUCAGGUUGGCAACGAGAUAUCCCGGACCUUCUCAUGACUACGGAUCCAGCCGAGUAGGUCCACAGUCUCUUCCGCUGUCUUUGCCGCAUCGGGAUUCUCCUUGAAGUAGUCACCGAGGAUUAGUUGACCCUGUUU